AUGUCCUCCCAGCUCCCCAACGAGACCCUCUCCGCCAUCUUCGACAACCUGUCCCCCUCCGCGCUCACCACCGUCGCCCGCGCGUCCCACCGCUUCCGCUCCGUCGCCGAGCGCAUCCUCUACGCCUCUAUCGCCAUCCAAGAAGCCCUCCCCCGCGCCUCCCCCACCCCAACACGCACCCACACCUGCGCCUCGACCCUCCUCGCGCGCCCGCACCUCGCCGACGCCGUCCGCAAGCUCUCCAUCCGCUGGCACACCGACCCCGGCCCGCGCGAAGAGUACCUCCCCGCCGCGCUCCCCGUCCUGCGCACGCUCAACGCCGCCCUGCGCACGCUCCGCGCCCUCGAGCAGCUCGAGCUCGCGCUCGGCCUCGCCGGCGCGCCGCUCGACGCGCGCGCGGUGCUCGACGGCUGCGCGUUCCCCUUCCUGCGCGUGUUCGCGUUCAGCGGCGUCGGGCGCGGCGCGCUCAGCCCGAAGCUGUACACCGCGCCGAGCGCUCCCGUCGCGUGGUUCCUCGCGGGCACGCCCGCGCUCGAGCAGCUGCACCUGCUCGACUGCUACGAGGCGCUCGAGCUGCCCCCGCGCGCGCUGCCGCGCCUGCAGCUCUUCCGCGGCAGCGCGCCCGCGGCGGCGAGCGUGCUCCCCGGGCGGCCCGUGCGCCUGCUGGGGCUCGUCGGGCACGAGUUCGUCACCGAGCGCGACCUGGGGCGCAUCGCGCGCGCGAGCGAGCCCGUGCGCGGCCUGGACCUGAGCCUGAUGAGCGUGACGCCGAUCCUGCUGAGGGACAUCUCGCGGCACCUGGGCGGCGCGGUGGAGGUGCUCAAGGUGAAGCUCGCGCUGCGGCACACGCUGCACUUUGCGCUCUCUGGCAUCGUGAGUACCCCCCUCCGCUUUCUUUCCUGCCCUCUGCGCGUGUCCGUCCGCCCGUCCUCACCCGCUUCCCUUGCCCCCUGCGCUCCCUGUCCCUCCACCCCCUCUCCCCGCUGUCCCCCUGCCACACGCCGCACGCCGCACGCCCCCGCCAUCGACACCGAACACCCGACACAGAGCCUCCUCGCGGGCCUCUCGCCCGUCCUCGGCGCCUUCCCCGCGCUCCGCCAGCUCGACCUCUCCCCGACGUCCGUCGACGGCGUCGGCCGCGGCAACGCGCUCGAGGAGUCCGCACUCUGCACCACCUGGGCGCGCGCGUGCCCCGCCCUCCGCCACGUCGUGUUCCCCUCCAAGGCCGAGUGGCGCCGCGACGCGCGCGCGCCGGACCUCUGGGUCGUCGCCCCCGCCGACGGGCCCGCCGCGGUGUGGACGCGCUAUUAGCGAAGCUUUCAGGGCGGGAGAGAUGCAUGGCGGCGGUCGAGAGGCCAGGUCGGGUCAGAUCGCGGCGGCAGGCGAGCCCUGAUGUCGGCGAGGUUGAGGUUGAGGAUGACCGGGGUGGCGGUCUGGAGAAGCUCGCUGUGAGCUGUUGGCUCCCUGCACGGUGCGUCUCCAGCUCCUGGUAGUGCACGCUCUGAACUGGCGGGCCCGCGCAGGCCUCCGCCGCACGCUGUUGCAUAUCUUCGUCACUGCUGCAACACACGACACGCGAUACCAGAUACACCCCACACACGCAUCCAGAUAGACGGUGUUCCACGCACGCUGUACAUUUCCACGCACGCACUGUAUUUAUCGGACACCCCCGGAGCACUGUGAUAUCCCAAGUUCAAGCUGCAUUCGCAUAGGGGUAGACACAACCCAUACCUCCGCGCACUCCCCGCACGCGCACCCACGCGCGGCGUAUAAUUGGCGAGCGUGGGCUCGCGCCGCAAGCCUACGGUCCGCGUCGUAGCGUGUGGGUCCGUUGUGUGUCCCGGCUGUCCGCCAUAUCCGCGCCAUGCGCCGUUCAUAUUGCCUAAAGCCUGAGAAAGGCGUGGCACCUCGCAGACGCAUGUACGUCAUAUCGUAUCGCACGCAGAUGUUCGUGUACCGUAUGUCUUCCGCCGGGCAUCAUAUUGCUCGGUACGUAUUGGCGUCGCGGACAAACAUAGAGCAUACACACACCGGUUCCCUGCGGAAGAACAGGAAGUAGACGGAAGUGAUCG